AUGGCCCACAAAACCGCCGCAACGACGAGCACCACCUCCGACUCCUUCGAGCUCCCCACAAUCGUCACCACCACCACCACCAACCGCAACUUCUUCAAACCCUCUGCCUCCGCGGCGUCUUCUAUAGCCACCGGCAACGGCGAUGACGACAGCGGAGACGAAUCCAGCGCGCCUACUUCGCCCACCAACACCAACACCAACACCAACUCACACCUCUCCACGCCCCAUUCCCGUUCCCAGUCCCCCGUCCGUACUAGGUCGCGCUCUCGGGCUAGGUAUUCGCCCUCCCUCCGUCGCGGUCGUGGUCGUGGUCGGCGCGAUGACGACGACCGUCAAUACCAGUACCAGCACCACGACCCAUAUGCCCACAACGACCAUGACCACGACCACGAGCUGCGCGAUCGCCAUCACCACCACGACCACCACAACCGCCACCUAAGCUCACACAUCGAGGACGUGAACGAGCCGUACGGGCUGCGCGAACAAGAAAAAGGAUGGAGGUUCUUUCAGCCGUUUUUGGCGAAGAGGGGGUAUGUGCUUAGGAAGAGGUAUUGGCCGGGGUGGAUUGGGAGUUGGAUCGGGAGGAAUGUGGAUCCGUUGGUUUGUGAGGAUUCGAUUGUUGUUGAUUCAACGGUCAUUGAUGCAGUCCGCACGUCCGAUAAUGCCCAAGUCAUUCUCAAAGUGCACACCCCGCUCGAUCCCUCAACCGCACACGAAGUCGACACCCUCCUCUACUUCUCCUCCUCUGCCCCGUCCACCGCGGCCGACCCGCACACGCCAUCCACCGCGGCCGACCCGCACACGCCCUCCAUCGCAGACGACCCGCACACGCCCUCCAUCGCAGACGACCCACGAAACCACUGCGUGCCACUAUGGGACCUCCUGAGCGUCGAGGUGGACGGCGUGCCGUUCAAUGGGGUGCAGAUCAGCGUGAUGCCGCUGUUUAGGGAUUGGUAUGCGCCGAGGAUGGUCAUGGUUUGUGAGGCGAUGGGGUUCGUUAGGCAGAUGUUGGAGGGACUCGAGUUCAUGCAUUCUCAUAACGUCGCGCACUGCAAUAUCUCACCGCACAACAUCCUAAUGGACGCCCGACCGCUCUUCCCCCAAGGUUUCCACGGCGCCUUCAACAUGAACCCCACACACCGCGUCUCCGAAGACUCCCUCCCGCAUCUCACGCGGCUCUCCUGCACUCCGCCUGUCAAGUACUAUUAUAUCGAUUUCGGGCAUGCGGUCCGUUUCGGUUCGGAGGAGGAGAGGAGGAAGGUGCAGUGGAGAGGGGGGAGGGGGGAGGGAGGCCACACAGGCCUCGAAUUCCUCCGUCCCCUCUUCCUCUCCAUGACCCACCCCUCACCCAUGCACCGCCCGACCGCAUCCCAAGCCCUAGCAACAUACGACGAGCUCGCGGCGAAGAGGGGGAGGCUGAAGAGGAUGGGAAGGUUGGGGUAUCGGGUGAGGGUGGGCUGGGGGGAGUGGUGGGAGAAUGUGGUGCUUUAUUGGGGGUUGGUUUGGGUUGUGGUUUGCGGGAGGGGGAGGGUGGGGAUUUGA